UAUUUUCAUCUUCUUACUCAUUCACACCGUUUUCUCCUCUGCUUUUCACCAUCAACAUUGCUCACAAAUCGAAUUCUUCAAGCACAAGCUAUUUCACUUCAUUUUCACCUCUGCUUUUCACCAUCAACAUUGCUCACAAAUCGCAUUCUUCAAGCACAAGAUGGAUCGAAAAUCAGAACAUAUUUAUGAGUCUGAUUUUGACUACUAUCAAGAUAGAUAUUACAGUGACUUGAAAGAUGGUUACUGUAGGUUGAAAAUCUCAGGUUCAACAUAUAGGUGUCCAUUCUGUGACAACAAGGAUUAUUACUCUUUGAGUGAGCUUCAGAGACAUGCUUCCAGAAUUAUGGAUGACUCGCGCGAGACGGUUAAGGAAAGUGCCAAACAUUCUGCACUUAAAAUGUACAUUGGUAAAGAAGAGCCACCUGCUGUUAAAACCAGUAGAGAAAAGUUACCUGCUUUGAGUAUUGCUGAGAACCAGUCACCGAAUGAGAUUGUUGCUGGUGAUGAAUUGUUUGUCUGGCCAUGGAUGGUAAUUCUGGCAAACAAUGUUACCACAUUUGACCCGAAGAGCGGAAAAUAUGUUGGAAAGAAUCGUGAGAAAAUUAAGGAGGAGCUGAUCAUGAAAGGGUUUCAGCCGCUGAAAGUUACUGUGUUGUGGAACUUUUAUGGACAAACACCCUUUGCUAUUGUUGAAUUUGGCAAAGAGUGGGAUGCUUUCCACAAUGCUGUGAUGUUAGAAAGGAGCUUUCAAGCAGAGCAUUGUGGUAAGAAGGAUUAUUUGAAUUUAGACAAGCAGGAUCGAGGAGAUAGACUCUAUGGGUGGAUGGCACGUCAUGACGACUAUAAUAAUUAUCGGGAUACAUUUGGCAAACACCUCCGGGCAAAUGGGGAUUUGAAAACUGUUUCUGGAAAAGAAGCUGAGGAUAAUAGGAAAGCAAAAAAGCUUGUCAUUGGUUUGGCCAACACUUUGCUGAUGAAAAACAAGGAAUAUGAACAGACAGCAAGCAAAUUUCAUGAAGCUAGUGAGACCCUAACAAAAGUAAUGGUUGAAAAAGAGGAGAUGCUUGAACUUUUUAAUAAGGAAAUAAGCAAGAUGCGGCAGGAUGAACGUGAUUAUCUGGAGAAUGUGUCUAAGGAUCAUGAAAAAGCUAGGUUGGAACUGGAAGCUCGGAGGAAUGUACUUAUGUCCCGUGAAAAGGAUCUGCAGAAGCGUCAAGCAGACAAUCAUAAUGAGAGAGAAAAGCUAUAUCUUGAAAAGAAAAGAAAUGAGAUGGCAAUAGCAGAGCAAAAAAAGGCUGAUGAACAAAUGAUGCAUUUGGCUGAAGAACACAAGAAAGCAAAAGAGAAACUUCACAAGAAAAUUCAUGAGCUGGAGAGGGGACUUGAUGCAAAACAUGGAUUGGAAUUGGAAAUUGAACAGCUGAGAGGAGCUCUCCAAGUAAUGAAUCACAUUGGAGAUACUGAUCUGGAAGAGAAGAAAAAACUGGAGGCAAUCAAAAUGGAUCUGAAAGAAAAGGAAGAGGAAUUGAAAGACGUGGAAGAUCUUCAACAAACACUGGUUGUUCAGGAGCGCAAAACUAAUGACGAAUUGCAAGAUGCCCGCAAAACUUUAACAAGUUGGAUUGGCUGCCCAAAUGCUCGAGCCAUAAUUUCAGUGAAAAUGAUGGGCAAACUUGAUAUUAAGCCAUUUGAGGAAGCAGCUGAGAGAAAGUUAUCUGACGAUGUGAAUAUGAAAGCAGCAACUAAGACAAAACUUUCCUCUGAAGUGAAAUUGAAAGCAAUUGAGUGGUGCUCACAGUGGGAGGAAUAUCUUAAGGAUCCAAGUUGGCAUCCGUUCAAAAUUGUAAUUGACAAAGAAGGGAACUCCAAGGAAAUUUUAGAUGAAGAAGAUGAAAAACUGAAAAGUUUGAAAGAAGAGCUUGGGGAUGAGGUCCAUGAUGCAGUAGCUACAGCUCUGAAGGAGAUGAAUGAGUACAAUCCUAGUGGUAGGUACACAGUACCAGAACUCUGGAAUUUUAGGGAAGGAAGGAAGGCUUCGUUGAAGGAGGGUGUUUGUCAUUUAAUGAAGCAAUGGAAGCUAUUGAAACCAACUACUAAACGAAAGAGAACUUGAGGCUUCAUUUAAUGAAGCAAUGGAAGCUAUGUUAAGACUUUUCAUACAAGUUGAACUUUUAAAAUUGUUCAUUACUGGUAUGAUAUCAUUGCUAGAACUAUUUUCGAGCAAUUAGCCAGAACUAUUAUAUUUACGUGUUAUGGUUUGUGCCUAGAGAAGACUUUCUCUAUAUAUUGAUGUUCUAUAGUUUAUGGGCUCGUUUGGCCCAGCUUUUUUUAGAGUUUAUGCAAUUUUUAUAUAUUAUUAUAAGUUUGUCAAG